CGGCUCAAUUGUUUGGGAGCAAGGGCAGCACAUCAGGUUGGGCCUGUGCCUGUCUCGAGGUUUGCAAUUGAUUGGGCCGAGCUGGGCUUUGUUAUUAGUAUUCAGUUAAGCACUUCUAAUUAAUUUUUUUUUUGGUGCAACUUCUAAUUAAUUUACAAUCCCGGAAAUUAAUAUUCCAAGAACAUAAUUUUCUUCGCUUGAUCAAAUCGCCAUUUUUAAUUUUUUCUUCCUUCUCUCUCAUUCGUUCCCUCCCCUCCCUGCUUUUGAAGAACUCCCUCUUUGCAACCAGAUACAAAGCUUUUUGCUUGCUCUCUCCCGAAAAACCCUAGUUUCCUUCCCCCCCCCCCCCCCCCCCCCCCCCCCCCCCCCCCCCAUCCUUCCUCCAUUGAAAAGGACACCCACUUAAACAUGCCGAGAGAGAUCAUCACUCUGCAAGUGGGACAAUGCGGGAACCAGAUUGGGAUGGAGUUCUGGAAGCAGCUUUGCCUCGAGCAUGGCAUCAGCAAAGACGGCAUUCUCGAGGAUUUCGCUACUCAGGGAGGUGACAGGAAAGACGUGUUCUUUUAUCAAGCUGAUGACCAGCACUAUAUACCACGAGCUUUGCUGAUCGAUUUGGAACCCAGAGUGAUAAAUGGAAUUCAGAAUGGCGAAUAUAGGAAUCUCUACAACCAUGAGAACAUCUUUGUUGCAGAUCAUGGUGGGGGUGCUGGAAAUAACUGGGCCAGUGGAUAUCAUCAGGGUCAAGGGGUCGAAGAAGAUAUAAUGGACAUGAUAGACAGAGAAGCUGAUGGGAGCGAUAGUCUUGAGGGUUUUGUCCUUUGUCAUUCAAUUGCCGGAGGAACAGGCUCAGGUAUGGGCUCAUAUCUGCUGGAGACUCUGAAUGACCGUUAUAGCAAAAAAUUGGUGCAGACAUAUAGUGUAUUUCCUAACCAGAUGGAGACAAGUGAUGUGGUUGUUCAACCGUACAACUCUCUGCUAACACUCAAGAGACUGACACUCAAUGCGGAUUGCGUCGUCGUUCUUGACAACACUGCUCUCAAUAGAAUUGCAGUGGAGCGCCUGCAUUUGUCUAAUCCUACUUUUGCUCAAACAAACUCUUUGGUAUCUACUGUGAUGUCUGCCAGCACAACGACACUGAGGUAUCCUGGUUAUAUGAACAACGACUUGGUUGGUCUUCUUGCUUCUCUAAUUCCAACACCAAGAUGUCAUUUUCUCAUGACAGGAUAUACACCACUUACGGUGGAAAGACAGGCUAACGUUAUCCGUAAAACUACUGUAUUGGAUGUCAUGAGAAGGCUCCUACAGACAAAAAAUAUCAUGGUUUCGUCAUAUGCGAGGACAAAAGAAGCUAGUCAAGCCAAGUACAUUUCAAUAUUAAACAUCAUCCAAGGGGAGGUAGACCCUACGCAGGUCCAUGAGAGUUUGCAGAGGAUUCGUGAGAGGAAGCUUGUUAAUUUUAUUGAGUGGGGCCCGGCAAGUAUACAGGUUGCCUUGUCAAGGAAGUCUCCAUAUGUCCAGACUGCACAUAGGGUAAGUGGUCUCAUGUUAGCAAGCCAUACCAGUAUCCGACAUCUCUUCGACAAAGUUGUGUUCCAGUAUGCCAAGUUGAGAGGGAAGCAAGCUUUUCUUGAUAACUACAGGAAGUUUCCAAUGUUUGCUGACAAUGACCUUUCCGAGUUUGAUGAAUCGAGGGAAAUAAUCAGUAGUUUGAUUGAUGAAUAUAAGGCUUGUGAAUCUCCUGACUAUAUCAAGUGGGGAAUGGAGGAUCCUGACCACCUCCUGACUGGUGAUGGCAAUGCUUCAGGGUCUGUGGAUCCAAAAUUAGCAGUUUGAAUAUUCUAAAUCGUGAGUUGAACUCAAAUUUCCCACGCAUCCUAUAUACUCUAGUAAGAACAGAAGUAAUUUUGGAAUAGCAGUUGAUACCUAGGUUAACGUCUUUUCAUUAUCAAUAUCAAUAGAGUAACUAGCUUGGAUGUUCAUUUGCAGGGGAUGUAACGAGACGUAUUUAUGCACAUAUUUACUUUGUUGGGUUGUUGCUGUUUGUUGGAAGCUUUGAGCAAACGUGUGGUUGUAUGUACUUUGGAUUCUCGGGAAAUCAGUCAAGUACUGGUGUCCUGAUUCCUGAAUGUAGGUCUAGAUCAUAACUUCUGUAAUGCAUUUGCAGUAAAAUUGGCCAGAAAUGUCAUGGCUAGGCAGCUUAAAAUAUGAAAUUACUGGGUUUAGACUUUAGACAUUUGGCCUACCAAUCUGUUGGAACUCUUAGCAUGUUCAUGUUGUCUUAUCAAUGACCGUUGCAAAGGGUUCUCAGGGUCGUGGUUCUACUUUAGCGGUGGUUUAUGGAUUCGCAGGUACAAAUUCGAGAUUUUCGGUUUAUCAUUGAAGUGUUUACUAGGAGAUCUCUUGUAUAUGAGAAUGGUAAAUAAGAGCUAUAUAUGAGCUAAAUUGUUUAUUAUGUUAAAACACUUAUUAGAACGAUAGUUGUAGUCAAAAUCACACUUUAUGUUUAAGACUUUGUUUUUAGGUCACCAAAAUGCUUUUAUUGCGCUUUUGAUUGCAUUUUGUGCAAUAAUGCAAAAUUGACUUU